UAUUCUGGUACACACCGCCUUUGUCCUCCCCCUUCCUCUCCUCCUCCUCCCUCCCUCUUCUCCUCCGAGCCUGAAACUGUGGUUAGAAACGCUCUGAGGGAAGGAGUGCCAGACCAAAACCGCGACAGGAGCGUUUUUUGGGAGGUUGUGCAACGUAAGCCAUCAAAUGAGUGUUUCUGAUGCUCAGUCCCGGACAAAGGAGCAGCAGGUCUGAGGUGUGUGGAGCUCCGAGCUAAAUAAGAGGCUUUAGGGGUCCAGGAUUCAGCUUCCUUUUCGUUUUCCUCCGUCCAGUUUAACGUGUAAAAGCUGCAGCACUAAGAAAACUUUGGAGACACCUCGGUGUCAUUUUUUUUUUAAAUUAACGACUUCCUGUUGCUUCUGGACGAACCAUCGCAUUUUUCUGCUUCUGUUGGAGAUAAAAGGAGUUUUCAACGUGUUCUUACCAAAUAUAGUCCGUGUGAACGCUGCAGCUCCGCGGUUGGAAUAUUUGCCUUCCUGCCAAAGUUUAUAAUUAAAUGAUAUGAUUAUUUUUAGCCACUUUAAAACAGGCUGAGUUUAUUUUUAAAUUUUGUCCAAAUUUUACAUUUUUUUUUAGCCUUAAAUCUUAAAAUCGCUGUGCGCCCCAACCCCUUCCAUUCAACAGGAGCCAUUUUUUAAGUCUUUUCUGCACAGAAUUGAGAUCCAGUCUCUGAUUGAAUCCCACUCAGGACUGUAGCUUCCAGUCUAAACGCCAACAUUUUUGUACAAAUAAAACCGUAACAAUGGGUUUUUGCGCGUCUCGCUACGGGCGCAGUGGCUGCGCCGUGGCUCGGUUUUCCCUCAUGCUGCUGGUGCUCGGAUUGUUUGUGAGCUGGGAGCCAGCCGCAGCUCAGCAGGCUCGGCCGACCGAGGAGAAGCCACCGACGGUCACACUCCGCACCCUGAUCACCGGGACCUGCCAGGAGAUCCAUCGGUACGCUGAGUCGGUGCUGGGAACCGGUGUGGUACGCUCCGUGGCAGAGAGUGCAGUGUUGUUUCUUGAGUCAUUACUUGGUCAGGACAACGUCCAUACAGUAACCAUGUUUUUUGAGAUGGUUAUCCGAUUCCUGGCCGAAGGAGCUGCCAGCGGCCUCAACGUUAUUGCCGUUUACGUCACCGAGAUCCUCAGGGUGACAGGAUUUGACGCUGCUCUGACGCUGCCUCGCUUCACCCCAGAAGGUGUGACGGCCUUCGCCCAGUGGGGUCUGCUGGCUCUCAUCGGCUACUGGAUUCUGACAAUCGUCCUGCGGUUGCUAAUGGCGGUGUUCAAGCAGGUGUUCUGGGUGGUGAGAACCGUCUUGGCGCUCUGGUUCUUCGGACUGAUUGUGAGCGACAAGACGGCCACCUCAGACACCACGGCGCUCCGCCUGUCCGGUCUGGUGCUGGUGUGCGCUCUGUUGACGCUGCUGUCUUCUACGUCGGAGAAGUCACGCGGAGUGGAGAAGCGCCUGAGUGUUCUGGAGAACCGACUGAGGGCAGUGGAGAAGAGGAAAGGGGAGUAAAGGUGGAGGAGGUGAAUGAUGAGUGACAGGGAUGGAAAUAUGAGAAAAUAGUAUCAGUGCUGGUUUCCAAAUGUGUCUAAUUAUUGUGCAAAAUAAAAUCUGUGGGGAUUUUUAAUCCAAGAGUGGA